UUCUCCAGACUUUCCAUUUAAAAAAAAGGCUCUUUUAAGAGCCACCCACCAGCCCACUAAAGAGCAGUGUUUCAGAGAUAUGUUUAUAUUAUCAUGGUUGUGUUCUUAACAAAUAAAUACGCUGAGAAAUCUGUUUAAAAUUACGUUCAUAGGCUAUUAUCGUCAGUAUUGUUUAAUUCAUUAUCCUCGAAACAUCUUACGUUGUGUUGUCAGCAUGAAUGUUUGCUUUUGUUCACACUAUUGUUUUCCGAAAAACGUGCCUCAAAAACCCACAAAUAGAAGAUUUAAUGUAAACUUCUGCGCUAUAAAGUGGCGAAGGAAACAUCAAAAACGAAAACAAUGUGGGGAGAGGGAAGAAAUGGGCGGGCUUUGGCGUUUGGAGGGAAGUUCAGUGAUUGGUUUAAACUUUUCACAGACGCCAACCAAUAGGCGAACGAAAUGUACGUAUAAAUGCUGGAAACCACAGGCUCCACGUUAAAUUUCUUUCGUGUGUCUAUUACCGUAAGCACCCCUCAACUUGUGCAACAAUGAGUGGAAGAGGUAAAACCGGCGGCAAAUCAAGAGCGAAGGCCAAGACUCGGUCAUCCAGAGCGGGUCUUCAGUUUCCCGUUGGCCGUGUUCACAGGCUUCUUCGCAAGGGUAACUACGCUCAACGCGUCGGUGCCGGAGCUCCAGUGUACCUCGCCGCUGUUCUCGAGUAUCUCACCGCUGAGAUCCUGGAGUUGGCUGGAAACGCCGCUCGGGACAACAAGAAGAGUCGAAUCAUUCCCCGCCAUCUGCAGCUCGCCGUGCGUAACGACGAGGAGUUGAACAGACUUCUGGGCCGCGUGACCAUCGCUCAGGGUGGUGUGUUGCCCAACAUCCAGGCGGUUUUACUGCCCAAGAAGACUGACAAACCCGCUAAGGCCAAGUAAACGACUUUUCUCCGGAAUCGAUUAAAAAAAGGCUCUUUUAAGAGCCACCCACUCGAACCAAAAGAGAGCGAUUUUAUUCUUUAGCGACGAAUGUUUAAGGCAAGAAUUUACACAAAGCUAGAAAAACAGAUCUCAAAAAUUGCCUUUACGGUUUGUGUUGGACAGUGACUGGUCUGGCUGGUUUAAACAUGGUCACAUUUGGUUGUGAUUGAGCGCUACAGGAUCGUUAGGGAAAUUAUUACAGAGUUUAUCAACUCGACUUUUGCUGCGAGAGAUGUCUAAAUGAUGUUCCAAUGUGUUGUACACGUAUUUCCGUAAAAAACAUUGAUCCAUAAUAAGAAGUAAAAGGCGCUUUAAUGUGACAAAUCUAAAUAAAGGGAUUUGGGCGGGAACCGCAAGCUGCUGCUGCAUUUCGUUUGAAAAACGGGAAACGCACACCCAUUGGCCAGCUGUAGACGUCAACACAUUAUCCAAUCACGUGCCAGUGCUCUGUUGACACGCUCUGAGCUCUAGUGCGACCAACCUAUAUAAACUGCCAGCAGAGUAAAGUUACAUAUUCGUCUCUGCGUUUAACGGCGAA